CUGAAACUAUGGGGCUGACGUUCACAUAGUUUGGGUGUGGCUUUGGAGGUUCUCCCUGUGAUCGCGGAACUGCAGGUUGAAAAGCUGCAAAAGUAGCCAAGCCAGUUCACAUCAGAGAGUGUGUGUGAGGCGUGAGACCAGGACAGAAGCUUGACUGGGUGAGAAAUAAAGCCAUGGCAGAUACAGCACCUGAGGCAGCCAGCCUCAAUUCAGAUCAGCAGCUGUGUGCGGUAUGUUCUGGUAUCCUCUCUGCAGACAAGUUUGCAGCCUGUGGUCACAUCGUUUGUAGCUCCUGCCUCAGGAAUGAAAGCAGAGGUUGCCCUCAGUGUCUGACGAGCCCCAACAAGCCUGAACCUGCAGACGUUCUGAUAGUGAAUGGAAAAGAGGCUGAAUCUCAAGCCACCAAAAACAAAGAGGAAAACUGUGAGGACACCAAGGCAGUGGAAGAGAAAAAAAUACAAGAAGAUCUUCAAGAAUCAGAGGAUCCCAAAAAGCCCGAUGAGGAUGAGACAGAGGAAGCGGUACAAACUGGUCAAGAGAAAGAUGAGGGUAAAAAUGUGGCGGAGAAAGAGGUGAAAGAGGAGGUCACCCAAAAGGAGAACACCGAAGAGCCUCUAGGUCCUGAUGAUGUGGUGUGCGACUCUUGUAUAGAGAGCCCCUGCAGGGCCCUCAAGUCCUGCCUCACCUGUCUAGUGUCCUACUGCGAAGCCCACCUCAGGCCCCACCUGGAGAACCCCAAAUUUCAGAACCACCGGCUGGUGGACCCUCUGAGGGACAUUGAGAGGAGGACGUGCGAGAGCCACAAGUGGCCACUGGAGCUUUUUUGCUGUGCUGACAUCUGCUGUGUUUGUCAGGACUGUGUGGCCGAGGACCACCGGGGCCACAACACCAUACCUGUAGUGGAGGCUCGCAGGCGAAUAGAGAGGGAGCUAAAGGAGAAGCAGUGCGAGAUGGUGAAGACGGUAACGGCAGCAGAGAAUGCCAUCAACAAACUUCAAGUCAACACAGUCUCUAUUGAGCAUUCAGUGAAAGAGGUAAAAGAGGUGAUUGAGACCCAGUUUGCAGAGCUGCAGGUGGUGGUGGAAAGGGCUAAGCGGGAAGUGACGGAGAUCCUGGAGGGAGAGGAGAAGCAGGCGCUGAGGCAGGCGGAGGGCAUUCGGGUUCACCUGGAGCAGAGGUGCACAGAUCUGAAGAAGACUCGUGCCCAGGUGGAGAAACUCUCCAAAAACAAAAAUGAUGUGGACUUCCUACAGGGGUACUCUGAAUGGAAAAAAGAAAGCCAUGACAUUUCCUUACCUGGGAUCUACAUCGGCUUGAUGGAUCGUUUGAAUUCUUACAGCCGUGUUAUUGUCGACUCCACCCAGGAGCUGUGUGAGAAGCUCGUGACUUCAUACAUUGAGAAACUUAAAGAGACAUGCAAAAACGACAAGAUGGGAAUAAAGACCACAGUCCACACAAUUAUUUCAGCAAAGCAGAGCAUGUCUAUUCCAGAUCCAAAAACACAUGAUGAUUUCCUAAAAUAUGCCACCCCGGUGAGUUUUGACGCAGAGACUGCCCAUAAGUUCCUACGCCUCACGGAGGAGAACAAGAAGGUGACAAACACCACACCCUGGCAGCACCCUUAUCCUGAUGCUCCCGAACGGUUUGAGAAUUGGCGGCAGGUACUAUCAGUUGAAAGCUUCUAUUUGGGUCGACACUACUUUGAGGUGGAUAUAAGUGGAGAGGGCACCCACGCUGGUUUGACCUACAAGAGCAUCAACCGCAAGGGCAACGAGAGCAACAGCUGCAUCACAGGCAAUGACUUCUCAUGGUGCCUCCAGUGGAAUGGACGCACCUUCUCUGCCUGGCACAGUGAUGUGGAGUCCCCCCUAAAUGUGGAGAAGUUCACACGCAUUGGGAUCUAUGUGGACUAUAACCAAGGCCGCCUGGCUUUUUAUGGUGUGGCUGACACCAUGAUCCUCAUCCAUGAGUACAGUGCAGAGUUCCUAGAGCCUCUUUAUCCAGCCUUCUGGCUGUCAAAGAAAGAGAAUGUGGUGGCACUGGUUGCACCUGGGGAACCAUUACCUCUCAAAAGCCCUUCACCUCCCACCUCACCUGAAAACAAAGCUGUUGGCAUGGCACCGGCAACACAAUAACUAAGGUUUAAGAAAGAGCUGUUGUGCAAAAUAGGAAAUAGUACUGCAAAAGAAUUUAUAAUUCCAUGAGCCAACAAAGGAUUUGUUUAGAUUUCUCAUCUAUUUAAAGGUGAAAUUGAAAAAGAGAUGAAAGAACGGAAAAUGUAUGCAAGGGGUUUUUUCCUCUAUUGCUUUAUCCAACCUAUUUCGAAGUAGUUUGGUACAUUUCUUAAAGAACUAGCAAAAGAACAGUAUUUUUGUAGCUAAGAUACAUUUUCAUGUGUAUAUUGCAGGGGGUUAAGAUUUUGAUCUAAAUCUUUGUUUACGAUUUUUGGGAUUUUCCAGACUACUGUUACUUCUUACUACACUGUGACUUUAGAAUUAAGCUGUCCGGUUUGCAAAUAAAUAUGUUUCCAAAUAAAAAGACUGGCUGAUUCUGUGCAGAGCCAAAGCUCUGACAAUGCGUUCUUAAG